CUGUGCAGCCCUACAUUCACAACAAGAGGAGGAAGAGGAAAAACGACAGCUUUGGAUCGUCGUCGACUGCCUUGCGUGACAACACAGGGAUCGCGUUCAGAGCUUUCGGGUUGCUCCAGUUCGAAGUGCAACAUGUCUGAUUUAAUGAGAUAUAUCGACUAUGACCACAAAGCCACCUUCCUGAAGAUGCUCAACCAGCAGAGGAUGGAAGGUGAGCACUGUGAUGUGGUGGUGGUGGUGGAAAACAUAGAGUUCAGGGCUCACCGCUGUGUCUUGGCAGCCUGCAGCAACUACUUCAAAAAGCUCUUCAAGAAGCAGACCGAAGAGGACAACUCCAUCGUGGAGUUAGACUUCAUCCGCUCUGACAUAUUUGAAGAGGUGCUCAAUUACAUGUACACAGCCAGGCUGGCAGUGAGGAAGAAGGACAUCAACAUGAUGAUGUCAUCCGGACAGAUCCUGGGCAUCAACUUCCUGGAUAACCUGUGCACCCAGAAGCGUGAGCUGACCAACAUGAAGACCCGGGAGAACCAGGCUCCUGGGGACCACGGGCUGCGAGCCCAGGACGCCAUCCUGAAGGAGCUGGCCAUGGAGGAGGUGAGGAAGAACAGCUUCUACGACCAGGGGAUGGAUGGGAUGAGCGCCGGGGGCUCGCACGUGUCUCAGCCGCACAACUACAACGCCAACCUGAGCAAAGACCCUCACAGCCACGGCUGGGGCUCCACUUCCUCCAGCGACAUGAAGCUGGAGUACCUGCUGUACGGGCACCGCGACCACGGCACCUGCCAGACCACGGGGGCCAAGCCCAUCGACCACAACGCCAAAAAGGAGAGGCUUCUCACGGCCAACCGGCCCUACGCCUGCGAGCACUGCCCCAAAGCCUUCACUACCGCCGCCCACCUCAAGGAGCACCUGAAGAUCCACUCCGGCUUCAAGCCUCACCGCUGCGUUGUGUGCGGCAAGGCCUUCAUCAGGGGCCCCGACCUCAAGAGGCACGAGAGGGUCCACAGCAACGAGAGGCCCUUUGCGUGCCAAAUGUGCGAAAAGGCCUUCAAGCACAAAUCUCACCUGAAAGACCACGAAAGGCAGCAUCGGGGCGAGCGGCCGUUCAACUGCGGCUCGUGUGAAAAGGCCUUCAUCAAAGCGUCUGACUUGAAGCGCCACUGGAACACGAUGCACAGCGGAAACCCCCGCAGACAGAUGUCCCAGUCCCCCGCCACAUCAGGCCAGCCAGAGGCCACCGACCAGAGAGACUGGAAAUUGGAGACCGGGCCAAACUCGCACAACUCAGGGGACUGUUGAGUCUGAAAACACACUCAUACUGACAUACAGAUGCACACACACCCUUAGAAACAUGUACACACACUGACAAAACCACAACCCUGUGACAGGCUGAGUGCCUGGCGUCACAUGGACAGUGAUCGGAGUGAGUAACAUGAGAUCAUAGCAUGUUCAUAAGACUGUGGGGCUGUAUUAUUAUUAUUAUUCAAAAGAGUUAUGUCUAUAACCAUGUUUUCUUUCCACCUGUAAAAACAUGUAAAUGUUUAGUUCACUCUACUAUACAUAUAUUUUUCACAAAGCAUUGUUGCUAUCUAGACUUUGGGGGGGGUCGUCUCAUAACAUAACAUUAUUCUCUUUUACUUUUAAUGGGAUAUGUAACAUUUAACGGUUUGUUUAACCGUUACUGGAUUUUAUGGAGAGAAAAGGAUUGUGGGAGGGGGGGGGUUUGUUCUGGAUAACAUUUGUUGCAUUGAGUAUAUUCAUGUGGAUGUUUUUAAAUGGAUGUGUUUAGUUGUAUUGAUUGAUAUUACACUGUAAGAGUAAGAGUCACCAUUUUGCAUUUGAUGCAGAUGAUACCAAAGUCUUGGGCACUCUGAGGGUGGUCUCUAACGGCUGUCCUGCCCAAGCUGCCGGCCAACUAGAUUUACUGUUAUACAGUAUAACUGUCAUGCAGCUAUCAGCAGUUAAUGAUAGAUGUCUGUAUAUACUGUAGCUUAGUUUGUUGCACAAUUAGAGUACACAAUAUUGAAUAUGCACAGAUAACAUUGUCCUACUCCUACAAUUUGACAAUAAACACCAUUUGCUGUGUUUUAUUGUUCUUGCAAAGUUUGGUUUUUGUCGAAGAGAGCUCAUUGAGCAGGAUGUGUUCCCUGCAGACUCACCUUUUAUCAACCAUAGUAUCUCUGCCACACCCUAACCAACCUGUUAACACGGGAGAACUUCUCCUUUCUUAACCUCUUCCAUUAUGACUCAAAUGAAGACAUAUACAAGAGGAGCAAAAGUUGCCUCCAUUAAAGGUUUGGUCUAUAAAGGAUUGUGUUUUGUGCAGGAAACAUGUGUUCAAAGAUAUCAAUCCUGCAGCUGCCACUUUUGGUUAGAUAGGUCAAAUGUUAUUUGGUUUGUUGUGGUUGAAGUGGGAGGUUUGCUUAAAACGUAAUGUCCCACCUUAGCAAUACUGCCAAUGCAAAACACAUUUGUAACCUUCUGGAUUUAAAAAGGUUUAAUUAAAGUUCCAUACUGAUCUUUGAACAGUUAAAACAGUAGUCCAGACAGGUGCGUGCAGCAACAGACUGUUUGUACGUCAAAGUGUUUUGAAAGUGAAAUAGGGAAGUUAUGAGAGACACUGCACGUAAAGGUUCCAUGUUUGGUUUAGUUUUGUCUACACACCAUAAGGGCAUAACAAAAAUAAAA